GCGCGUCCAACAUUGUCAUCACCCAGCCGGGAUAUCACGAUGAGAAUUACAUUGUGCUGCGCGACGAUGAACGCAACUCAUUACUCAAUGGCAACACGCUCAUUAGCAGCUUCCGUAAUGUAAAAUUCUAUGCCGGCGUAACCUUCGAAUACAACGGCGCCAAGAAUUUAGUCGAGCGUGUAAAUACCACAUUCUCACGCAAACUGAAACGUGAUCUGAUUGUAGAGAUUAUUUCCAUGAGCACCAAUGCGCCGAAGGAUAACGAUUCGCUGUUGCUCACCUACACCUACACAAUGGAUAAACCCAUCUAUCAGAUGCCCGAAAUCGAAGUGGAAAUCUAUAACUGGGAAAUGCAACCGUGGAGCAAUUGUGAUGCACUCUGUCAUGGCAGCUCACAUCGUUUGCCGGUUUGUGUCAGCACCACCAAGGCACUAAAGGUGGCGCCACAAUUUUGCGAUGAGACCGCCAAGCCACCCACCGAAUAUCGGCAAUGCAACACCGAUUGUGUGCUCUCGUUGAAUGUGGCGAACAUCUCCGAGUGCUCGGCUUCGUGCGGCAUGUUGGGAACGCGUGAGAAAACCUACUACUGCAUACAAACAUUUCCGCACAUUAGCCGCUCGAAUAUUGUGGACCUGACCUAUUGUCUGUCGAAGUUUGAGUUUAGCCCGCAUGAGCCGUGCCGCGAAGGCUGUUGGGAUUACACAGAAUGGACGCCGUGCUCGAAAUCCUGCGGUACGGGCACGCAGACACGUGGCGUAGUUUGUAUGCUGAAUGGCACGCGUGUCAGUGAAAAUUUCUGCGAUCAGCGCAAGCUGGAUUCCUACCGCGAUACAAUAAAAGCGUGUAAACCAGAACCUUGCUACUCAUAUGAAGAUAAUUUGGCCACACAGCGCUCGUUUCCGAACUACUGGGUCGCCGAUGAGUGGGGCGAAUGUAAUGACAACUGCGAGAAGAAUCGUACGGUAACAUGUCGCAAUCCGCUGGGCUAUGGCUGUCCCAUGGAUCGCCGACCGCUGUCAAAGCGAAAAUGUUGCAACAUCAAAUACGUAUCCAAUUGGUCGAAUUGUUCUGUGGAGUGCGGUAAUGGCGUGCGUCGCAAAGAGAUCCAUUGUGCUCGCGUCUACAAGCCAGAGAUCAAGGGUACACCACGUCGACGCGUCAUUAUCGAUCCCUACCAUUGUCGGCAUCUGCGCAUGCCAUCACCAAAGCGCAUGCACAAACCCUGCAAGGUCAGCUGCAAAUGGUCCACCUCCGAUUGGACACAAUGCCCGUCCGAUUGCCAUGAGGAGUAUCAAUCGCGUUCAGUAUACUGUGAGUCUGUGUUGGGCAAUCCGAUUGCAUAUCGCUACUGCGAUGCGACCAAGAAGCCGCCAUCGAAGAAGAUCUGCAACAAUUGUGUGCGAAAGGAAUCGAAAAUCAUUACGAACUGCAACUGCGAUGGUUUUCGACGUCGUCGCAUCAUUUGCCACGAUUCGACGGGUCGUCGCAUAGUUUGUCCCACCAAGGAGCGACUGAUCAAAGAGAAAUGCCCACCACCACGUGAGUGUAUGCCACAAUCAUGUGAUGAUUUGCGCCGUCUACAUCGCUACUAUCAGGAUCGUGAAUACACCAUCUACGUGCGUUCGCGUGCGCGCAAAGUCUACUGCCAUAAUAUGAGUAGCUCGCCAAAGGAGUAUAUAAACGUGAAUCAGCAAGAAAACUAUUCCAUUUACUAUGACUAUAAAACAACGGAUCCAGAUAGAUGUCCGCCAGCGUCGAGAUUACGUGAAUUCCGUGAUAACAGUACGAGUUCGGGACGUACGAAUUUCCGUAAGAUACGCAUAAGUGUGCCAGACUUGCGUGUCAUAGAAAAUGAUUUCACAUUUGCGGAGACAAUGGGUACGCCACAAAUGUAUGGUUCGGCGGGUGAUUGUUACAAUCGCAAUAAGGAAUGUCCGCAGGGAGAUUUCUCCAUUAAUUUGGAGAAUACCGGCUUUCGCAUACGUGCCGGUGCGCGUUGGGAUACAUUCGGCAAUAGCGUUAUAAUGAAGGUCUCUAAACCGUUCGACACCUCUACAGCGUCGCGUCGCGCCUUCUGUGGUGGCUAUUGUGGACGUUGCCAACUCUCUCAUACCGGCUUGUAUUUGGACGUUUGACCGCACAUCGGCUAAAGCAACCUAAGUGUGGAUAAAAAUUUUUGUUGGGCUCACAAAAACCGUUCGGUAAGUGGUCUUGACACAACCAGUAUUGGAAGGCGAGCUGACAGCUGCAUGCGGUGAUGACAGUUGGCAUUGCGUGCAAGAUUUAUGUGCCAUGCAGUGACGCGGCGACGUUGUCAUUGCCCACCCACCAAAUCAAGUCAACGAAACCAUGGAAGGGAGAAAGAGAUGUGGCAGUAAAACAGUGUAAUAAAUAAAAGAAAAAAUAUUUUAAUUACAAAUAUUUCAAUUAUAAAAAAGGAUGACUAAUAUAAUUAAUAUAAGCAAAGGUAAUUAACGAAAGAAACAAAAACAAAAACAAUAAUAAUAAACGAAUUGACGCAAGUGGUGAAUUUGUAAGCGAAAGUUCGACGCCUAAAUAUAUGCUCGUUUGAAGUAAGCGUUAAAUGCGCAGCCGCGGCCACAAACUGCCAACAGCAAGUAGAAAAUAAUAAGCAACAACAAAAGCAAUAUUUACAGUAAAAUAGUAAUAUGUAACAAAAAACAAUGCUGCAGUUAUAAAGUAUCAAAAAUGUGUUCGAAAAUCUACGCAAUCUCGUUGAAAAAUGUCGAACAACCCAAAAUAGAUGAGUAAGGAUUAAAAAAUAAAAGAUUUUACUGUUGCUUAAGUACAAAGUUGAA